ACACACACACACACACACAACACUACAGUAUAUCAGUGAGUGACUAGCAGAGAGCCAGAGGGGAGUGCAGAAAUGAAUGUGAAGAUCCUGACGCUGGUGAUUGUGCUCUUGGUGUCUCUGCUGUGUUCUGCCAGUGCUGGUCCCAUGGCCUCCACAGAGCAUGGCAGAGGGCUGGAAGAGACAGCUACAGUGAGAAAAAUGGCCCAGCAAAACCCCGUGCGAGGCGGUCAGACCCACAGACCAGCCAAGAGAAGACGCCCACGGCCCCGUCUUUCCCACAAGGGGCCCAUGCCGUUCUAGAGCAAGGCACUGCUUUGAGCGCCCUCCCCCAGGUUCUGAUUUCUAUGCUCUUCCUUUGCCUUGGGGGGCCUUGCAAUGAAGGGCCUACGCUUGCCCAGCCUGAAGAGUGAUGUCCAUAGCACCUGCUGGUUCUCCAAGCAACUCUGUCCACAAAAAAAAAUCAGGACAAGCCGCUCACCCUCAGCUCCAGGAAGAAUAAAAAAGGAGGCAGGGGGAAAAGUGUGGGUGGGGGGUGUUGAGCCUGAGCUGUCAGACUCUAU